CAGGGAACAGGGAGGCUAAGUAACUCAUUCAAGAUCGCACAGCCGCGAAGGGAUAGAGGCAGGAUCUGAAUCCAGGAUAUCUGACUCCUCGGGAGGGUUCUGCAGCUCUGGCACUGUUGACAGCCUGGACCAGAGACCACAGAGCUGGGCAGCAAGAAGGAACUCAAGUCCAUGCCCUUCAUCACCUACCUCUCAGGUCUGCUGACGGCCCAAAUGCUGUCGGACGACCAGCUCAUCUCAGGUGUGGAGAUCCGUUGUGAGGAGAAAGGCCGUUGUCCAUCUACCUGCCACCUUUGCCGCCGACCAGGCAAGGAGCAGCUGAGCCCCACACCAGUGCUGCUGGAAAUCAACCGUGUGGUACCACUUUACACCCUUAUCCAAGAUAAUGGUACCAAGGAGGCUUUCAAGAGUGCACUGAUGAGCUCCUACUGGUGCUCAGGGAAAGGGGACGUGAUCGAUGACUGGUGCAGAUGUGACCUCAGCGCCUUUGAUGCCAGUGGGCUCCCCAACUGCAGCCCCCUCCCGCAGCCAGUGCUUCGUCUGUCCCCAACAGUAGAGCCCUCCAGCACAGUGGUCUCCUUGGAGUGGGUGGAUGUUCAGCCAGCUAUUGGGACCAAGGUCUCGGACUAUAUUCUGCAGCAUAAGAAAGUGGAUGAAUAUACGGAUACGGACCUCUACACAGGAGAGUUCCUGAGUUUUGCGGAUGACUUACUCUCGGGCCUGGGCACAUCAUGUGUAGCAGCUGGUCGAAGCCAUGGAGAGGUCCCUGAAGUCAGUAUCUACUCCGUCAUCUUCAAGUGUCUGGAGCCUGACGGUCUCUACAAGUUCACUUUGUAUGCUGUGGAUACACGAGGGAGGCACUCAGAGCUCAGCACAGUGACCCUGAGGACAGCCUGUCCGCUGGUGGAUGACAACAAGGCAGAAGAGAUAGCAGACAAGAUCUACAAUCUGUACAAUGGGUAUACAAGUGGAAAGGAGCAGCAGACUGCCUACAACACGCUGAUGGAGGUCUCGGCCUCAAUGCUGUUCCGAGUCCAGCACCACUACAACUCUCACUACGAGAAGUUUGGCGACUUUGUCUGGAGGAGUGAGGAUGAGCUUGGGCCCAGGAAGGCCCACCUGAUCCUGCGGCGACUGGAGAGGGUGAGCAGCCACUGCUCCAGCCUCCUGCGAAGCGCUUACAUCCAGAGCCGUGUGGACACCGUGCCCUACCUUUUCUGCCGCAGCGAGGAGGUCCGGCCUGCGGGUAUGGUGUGGUACAGCAUCCUCAAGGACACCAAAAUCACGUGCGAGGAGAAGAUGGUGUCCAUGGCCCGAAACACGUAUGGGGAGUCCAAGGGCCGGUGAGGGAGGGUGCUGCCCUCCGUGAGCACAGAGACUCUCCGUGGGAGGGGGAGCAGUACUCUCAUGGAUCCUGGGGCCUGGGGGGGCUGGGGGACAGCUGAGGAUGGGCCUGGCAGAUGAGGCUUGCCAGCAAGGCCAAAGCAAACUCUUUCUUUUGUGGAUAGCCGGCAGAGAACUUUGUAACCACUGGAAUUAUCCGUUUUUCUCUUUUAUUUUUUCUAAGAUAUUAUUUGACUCUAUCAAAGUCUCUCCUUUUUAAACUUUUUCUUAUGGAUGGCAGUCAAUCCCGAGGCAGGAGCUUUCAGGUGGAGACCAAGCGGCCUUUGCUCUUCUUCCUUCCUCCUGCCACACUCAGCUUCCUUCCUGCAAUGGACCCCGAAGGAGACCUAUGGAGAGACAAUAUGACCUCUUCAGCAUCAGGAAGGAGGCCCUGAGGAUUGUUGCAGUGAGGAAGCUUGGGUCUUUAUGACUUGUUUUUUUCCAGACGUUAUUGAGUUUGCAGGAGCCCUGCCUCUUCCUGCUACCUGUGGGUCUGCCCAGAGUCCCUGCAGGACUUUCCAUGCAUUAAAAAUUCUUAUUGUCUCUCUUU